GGCGAUUUCAAUCCUCCGAGAUGAUCGGCAAACUUUUUUGAGCGCUUGAUUUGCUCGCCACCUGCUACAAGCAGUCGAUACUUGAUGAGCUUCCGUCGUUCUGACAGGACGUCACCAUCCGUUAUCAACAAAACAUUGCCGGGAUCACCACAGGAUGGACUUAGUUUUCGACCCGAAGGAUCUCCGUUUGGUCGCACAAUCGAAUCCUGACCGCGUAGACCUUUUCUACGAGCCUGGAUCGCUGCCGCGAACCGUCGGUAGCACCCCAUUUCCUCCGCCCCCGCUCUUCGAAUCGACUCAGCAAGAGGAUUUGGAAAAAGACAUAUCCAAUUUCCUUCUGAAGCCGCCUGCUUUAGAUCUGCCCAGGGUUAUACCCGAUGUGUACGAUCUACUGAGAGCCGACGUUCAGCCGUCCUGCAUCCAAUUGAAACCGAUCAGAGAUCUCGCGACUGGGGACGUGAAAGGAAUUUCUGAAGUCAUCCCGCCGUCGGCACCCGUCGAAGUGGACUUCGACGAGCUCCUCUCCAGACCUCCGGGAUUCGAGCGUGAUGUGGACUUCGAGAAAUCUUCCGAUAUCGUCGAGAGGGGCAGCCCAGCCAGGGAGAACCGUUUGGACAACUUGCAAGAUAUCCUGGCCACUCUGCCGGAUCUGGUGGAAGUCGUCGAAGAUUCCAAAGCUAGUCCUGACGCAGACAAUGUGGUUGAGCUCGAGAAAUCCGAGGAGUUGGAUCGUAUCCCCGACGUUCAGCUGAACGAAGUUCUCCAUAUCAGCGACAUGCCUACUCUUCCCACCAAAACCAGAUGGGCGGAGGUCGUGGAUAUCUCGCAGCCAGUGACCAAUUAUGAAGAACUCAAUCCCAACCCGGCUUACUCGUGGUCUUUCGAACUGGACACUUUUCAGAAGAAAGCCGUACUCCUCAUGGAGAAGGGCGAGAAUGUCUUCGUUUCUGCGCACACAUCCGCAGGCAAGACGGUCGUCGCGGAAUACGCAAUCGCUCUCAGCCGAAGGCACAUGACGAAAGCUAUCUAUACGUCUCCUAUAAAAACACUGUCGAACGAGAAAUUCCGAGAUUUUCGCGAGACAUUCGAUGAGGUCGGAAUCGUGACCGGGGACGUUCAGAUCAAUCGUGACGCCGCAACCCUGAUCAUGACCACGGAAAUUCUUCGCUCGAUGCUCUACAACAAAGCCUCGAUAAUUGACGAUCUUGAAUGGGUGAUAUUCGAUGAAUGCCACUACAUAAACGAUGCCGAGCGCGGGGUAGUUUGGGAAGAAGUACUAAUCAUGUUGCCGUCGCACGUUAAUCUGGUCCUGCUAUCCGCUACGGUUCCCAACGCCUUGAAUCUCGCCGACUGGAUUGGCCGCAUCAAGCAAAAGCGCAUCCAUGUGAUAGCGACCACGAAACGUCCGGUCCCACUCGAGCACUACCUAUAUGUCGGCCGGAUCGGUGCCAGCAGCGAGCAGAAACAAGCACUGAAGGCCAAAGCCACUCCCGAGGCGGUCAAGUUACCGGACCAGGCGCUGCUCAUCCUGGAUUCUGCCGGACAGUUCAAGAGUCAAAAUUACCUCAAGGUCUGCGCAGCGAAGAAGUCAACGUCGAAUAAUUGGAGGGGGCCUGACGAAAGGAGUCGCUACUUGACGCUGCUGCAAUACCUUCAGAAGAAAGACGCCUGUCCCGCGAUUCUCUUCACUUUAUCACGCAAGCGUUGCGACGACAAUGCGGCGUCACUCGCCAACGUCGACAUGACAACGGCAACGGAGAAGUCGCAGAUUCAUCGCUUCAUAGCCCAGUGUACGGCGCGACUGUCUUCGGAGGAUCGCCGUCUUCCCCAAGUGGAGACGCUGAAGCUUCUUCUGAAGAACGGAAUCGGAGUUCAUCACAGCGGAAUUCUGCCGAUCAUGAAAGAGGUGGUCGAGAUGCUCUUCCAGAGAGGCUUGAUAAAAAUUCUCUUCGCGACCGAAACAUUUGCCAUGGGCGUCAACAUGCCCGCGAGGACAGUGGUAUUCGACAGAAUUCGGAAAUACGAUGGAUGUCAAUUCCGUGAUCUGCUACCGGCCGAGUACAUUCAGAUGGCGGGCAGGGCCGGGCGCAGAGGGAAAGACACGGUCGGAACGGUCUUGAUCAUGAUUCACUCCGAUGUGCCAGAUUCCGGCUCUCUGCAAACGAUGAUGAUGGGCAAGCCGCAUAGUCUCCAAUCGAAGUUCAAAGUGACGACCGCGAUGAUACUCAAUCUUAAAGCAGGACUUCAGCGGAGAGUUGAGGAUUUGAUGCGACAAUCUUUCAUCGAGGAUGAGAACCAGUCCCAAGUCGAUCAGAUGGUGAAGACCCGCGACAAGCUGAGGACGGAUCUCGAAAACAUUGAGAGCUUGAAAUGCGACAGCUGUGUCGACAUCGAGAGUUGCCUGAGCACAUUGGAGCAACUGGCGGCGAACAGGAGAGCGCUUUGGGACAAAAUUCUCGAGUUUUCCUCAGCCCCCAAACUCCUGCCGACCGGAAGAGUUCUCGUAUUCCGCAGAGACGGCGAAGCGCCGCGACUCGGGGUCAUCGCAUCGUUCAACUCGAAACAGAAACAGAUCUCUGUCGUCUCAUUGGCGGAGAAGGCGGAAUCCGAGUGCUACUGGCCGGCUUCCAGAAAGAUCACCACGAGCUCUAAUCCGAAAUGCGAGCAGCUCACGAUCGGAGCCGGCGAGAUUCUCGAUCUCUCAACAACCGACGUCCGUAUCGAUGUGAAAAGCCUCGGAACGCCGAAAGGUCUUCGCGAAGCGGGCCAGAACGUUUUCGAAAUGGUUGAGCGGUGGGAUUUCACAAAAUUCAAUAUCUCCAAGGAGCUGAAAGGAGCUGGUCUCGAUCUCGCCGAACAACUUCAAACGUCAAACUAUUGGGAACAACGUGUGCUUUCCCAUUCCUGUGCUCAGUGUCCGUUGUUCGAGAGCCAUUCUCGAAUGGCGCAAAAAGUCAUAUCCGUUCAGUCGGAACUGGAUAGAGUGAAUCUCAUGUUGUCCGAGGAAGGAAUGAGGAUGAUGCCUGAAUAUCAUAAACAUCUCGCGCUCCUAGAGAGGCUCGGCUAUCUCGAACCAAAUGGACCGCUAAAACUCAAAGGAAGAAUUGCUCGAGCGAUGAGCAACCAUGAAAUUCUGCUCUCGGAACUUCUGGUAGGGGAUGUCCUCAUCAAAUGCAAGCCCGCCGAAUUGGCAGCGCUCCUGUCCGUCUUCGUAUAUCAGGGAAAAUCGGACGAAAACGAGGAGGCCGAUAUCCCGGAGCCUGUCGAAGAAAUCAUGCAAGAGUUCAAGGCGCUCGCGCUGUCCAUCGGUGCGGUGCGUAGAGAAUGCGGUUUCGACGAAGAUCCCCAGACGUACCUCGACCAGUACAACCGAGGCUUGGUCAAUGUCGUUUACAACUGGGCCAGUGGCAUGACUUUCGGCCAGAUCAUGCAGAUCGCGGAGAAUCAGCAGGAAGGGACGAUAGUGAGAUGUAUACAGAGACUUGACGAACUGCUCGGUCACGUCAGAGACGCGGCAAAGGUUAUUGGCAACCCAGAACUGCAUAGCAAAGUAGAGCAGGCUUCUGUUUUGAUCCGGAGAGAUAUAGUAUUCGCUGCUAGUCUGUACUUGGAGUAA